CUUCUCAGUCUCAAGCCUUAUAAGACCUCUAGAGGAAUGUGGGAUUACUUGAAGAACGUCUACAACCAAAGCAACUCAGCACGAAGGUUUCAAUUGGAGCUUGAGUUGAGCCAACUCAGUCAAGGGAGUAUGUCAAUCCAAGAGUUUUAUUCUUCAUUUGAAACUCUUUGGACUGAAUACACUGAUAUUGUGUAUGCAAAUGUUCCUUCUGAAGGACUAGUUGCUGUACAAAAUAUCCAUGAAACCAGCAAGCGUGAUCAGUUUUUAAUGAAGUUAAGGGGGGAGUUUGAAACAAUCAGGUCUAACCUGAUGAAUAGACAGUUAGUUCCUUCAAUGAAUAUUUGUGUAGGAGAGCUUCUCAGGGAAGAACAACGGCUCACUACACUGGCUGUCUUGGAGCAGAAAGCUCAAAAUUCUGCUCCAAUUCCUGUUGCCUACGCUGCCCAAAGGAGAUCUAACGGAAGCAGAGAUAUGACUAAUGUCCAGUGUUAUAGUUGCAAGAAUUUUGGUCACUUUGCCAAUAAUUGUACUAAAAAAUUCUGCAAUUAUUGUAAGAAAGCAGGGCAUAUCAUCAAAGAGUGUUCCAUUCGGCCUCCGAAGAAACAUGAAACUGCCUACAAUGUCUCGGUUGGUCCCUCUAGUGUCUCCAAUGCUGGUCAGUCUACGAUUACCCCUGAAAUGGUCCAACAAAUGAUAGUUUCUGCCCUAUCAGCCUUUGGUUUUUCAGGAUCAAGUGUCCGGGAAAAUGAUCGCGAAGGGGCCUAAAGUGGGACGUCUUUUUCCCUUGUUUUUGUCUCCUCCUCCAGUGUCAAAUUAUGUUGCUUGUAAUGCUGUCCAAAGUAAUAAUCAGGUGUGGCAUAGACGUUUAGGACAUCCUAAUUCUCAUGUACUUCGAAUCUUGCUUAAAUCUGGUUUACUUGGGAAUAAAAAAUUUUCUUCUAAUAAUGAUGUUGUUGAUUGUGCAUCCUGUAAACUUGGCAAAAGCAAAACUCUUCCUUUUCCAUUGCAUCAAA